UUUUGUGACUAGUGGAAAAGGGACUCAGAUAGUUUUUUAUCCCUGUUUGAGUUGCUGUGGAAAAAAGACAUGUUUUACGGAGGGAAAUUAAAGUACGAAACCGGACCACACAUUAGCUAUGGACAGUCGAGGGAUGUAAACCCACCACCUUGCACGCUUCUUCAUCUGCAAAAUAGGAUCGUAAAUAUUUCUAUUGCCAACUGAAUCUUUCGGUUUGGAGAAGGAACAAGGACAAAGAGGGAAGAAGGGGCCGUGAACGAGAGCAGUCGUCGAAAAGGGGGCCACAAAAACAAAGAAGAAAUCUGGUAGAGAUAAGAGAAUAGAAAGAAAAGACAAAAACCUGACCACUCACAGAGUAUAAAGGCAUAAAGAAAGAAACAAGGUAAAAGCAUGAAGCCACUAAAGAAGCAGGGGGGGCGUUCUCCCCACUCCACACGAGCCAAGAGGGGGAAGAAGAGAGGGGCGACAGAGACCCCACCCGAGAGGGACAACAGAAAUAAACUCAGGAAGGAGAACCAAGACGGACAGCCUCUGACCACGCCCCCCUCCCCCUUGCAACAGAAACAGUCCAUGCAUACCUCUGACAGCUGUCAGCAGGAGCCAAUCAGAGGAGGCGAGACCCUGAAGAAGGAGGGAUCUAGAGAGCAGGUGCCGCCAAAGCAACCUAAAGAUGGAGAGAAGCCAGAGGACAAUAGAGGGAGGCUUGACAGCACCCCCACCCCCCAGAAAACCCUUACCGUCCUCACCCCCAUUACCAGCCCCAGCCCUACCUCCCUGUCCAGCAGGAAAACAGCCACUUUCAAGGCCAGAGUCCCGAAGAAAAAGUACACUGCUGAACACUACGCUAACAGCAAUGCGCCCACUCUCACCUUCACCCCUGGCCUCGUGCACAACAGCCAUAGCAACGACAGCAGCAGCAGUUACAACCACAGCAGUAUCAGUAGUGUUAACAUGCUGAGCAGGACUAAUCCCAACGUGAAUGGCUUUAAAUGUGGUAUUAACAGCCUAAGUGAUGGCAGCCACACAUCAGCCCCCCGAGCAUCGACUGAGGAGAGGAUGGGAGCCGCUAACAGCCACGGCCUGGGGGAGCAGGGGAUGAUGGGGGAACCCGUACCGGCCAGCAAUUGUAGCGUGGCCCCCCGGGACAGGGAACAAGACUCCCAGAGUGGCGAGGCAGAGGCAGAGGGGGCACCCAACUCAGUACGCUCCGUAUCCACGGAUACAGCCAGCGAACACGACCUGGAAGUGAACUCUCAGCCCAGUACCAGCCCGGCUAGAGCCCCCCACCAUGGCUGCCACCCCCCUUACCCUGCUACUGAUUCCCAGGCCGAACUCCGGCCCAGCCAGGCCCACAGGGAGUCCAGGCGGUUCGGGGCCGAUGCCCUGGCCAAGGGCCUGAAGAACCAGAGAGUUCUAGCCCGAUGCAUGCAGAUAGCCAGACUGGAUGGGGAGGCGGGCGGAAGGGGCAGUGAGAGGGCUGGAGCCUUUUCUCCCGUAUUCAGAGCUGGGGUGGUCCGGGAGGUGAGUGGGGGCAGUGCAGAUAUCCAGCUACAGGGGGAGGAGGAGGUCCUCCGUUACCCAUUCCAGGGGGGCAGCACACCUCUGGAGGGAGAGGAGACCAGUGUGGAGUUCGUCCUGGACGCACCCCCUCCCGGUACCGCUCCCGUGGCCAUCGGGACACGCGUGUGUGUGCCUUUCGGGGGGGGACAAGACAGGGGUGAAGAACGGACACCACAGCUCUACAGGGAAGGAGUCGUGUCCCAGGUAGACCCCCAUCCUGCCGUGUCCUUCCCCUACAGGGUGCUGCUGUGUGAGGGGAGGGAGGACCAGGAUGGUGGGGCGGAGGAGGAGAAGAGGAGGAGGGUGCAGGCCCCGGCUGUAUGGGUGUCCAGACAGAGCCUGAGGCUGCUAACACCACCCUGGGAACUACCUCACCCGGGGGGGAGGGAGAGGGAGAGGGAGAGAGAGCGGGAGGAACGGGAGAGAAGGGAGGAGAUGGAGGUGGAGAGGGAGGUAUGCCAGCUGAGUAUUGGGAUGGCGAUGGGAGGGGGGGCAAGGUUAGGCCAUAGCUUCUCUCCAGCUGGGGGUAGUCACUAUGGAAACGUACCCCCCCACUCCUCUUCAACGUCUGUGAAAACCAGUGCCACUUCCAGCCCCGACAGAGAGAGACAAAGAUGGAGGGAACAAGAAAGACAGAAGCCCCACACACCCGAAGAGGACAUAGAGGUGUCCAGGUUGAAUAUGGGCUUGUCCAGUGGCUUCAAACCUAGGGGCAACACCCAGCAUCCACCCAUCCUCUCCAAACCCCUCACUGGGGGUCACAGCUACCCCUCCUCUCCCCACCUCCCCAUGGUCCGUGGCACAUCCCUGGGCCCUCACUUGUCCCCACUCACCUUACCAGGCCCUGAGGCCCCGGGCAUCACCCCCCCACCGCACCUAACCCCUUCUAAGAGCACCCCCGUACCCCUCGACAAGACCCCCUCCGAGACCCCCACCCCCGGAGGGGAUUCUGCCUCCUCCUCAGCCUCCUCUUCGCGCUCUCGUACCCCUCUGACGGCCGCCUUGCAGAAGUACAAGAAGGGGGACGUGGUGUGCACCCCCAACGGCAUCCGCAAGAAGUUCAAUGGGAAGCAGUGGAGACGCCUGUGUUCCAGAGAGGGCUGUAUGAAGGAGUCUCAAAGACGUGGCUACUGCUCACGACACCUCUCCAUGAGAACUAAGGAGAUGGAGGGUACAGGAGGGGGAGAGAGGGACAAGAGGGGAGGCGGAGGGGCGAGCAGUUCAGGGACCGUCACCCCUUCAGACCUGCGGGGGAGGGCAAGCAGUGAGUUUGACUGGGAUGAGACGUCCAGGGACAGCAGUGAGGCCAGCAGUAGAGGGGACUCGCGUCCUCGCCUGGCGCUGCCGUCCCUCCUCUCCCAUGACUUCUCCAGGUUUGACUUUGAUGAGUGCGAGGCCGCCACCAUGUUGGUCUCUUUGGGCAGCUCUCGCUCUGGGACCCCGUCCUUCUCCCCCAUCUCCAAUCAGUCCCCCUUCUCUCCCGCCCCCUCGCCCUCACCCUCCCCACUCUUUGGUUUCCGCCCUGCCAACUUCUCCCCGAUCACCGCCUCUCCUGUCCUCCCGCCCCCUCGCAGACACAGGCACCCUAGUGGGCCAGGGGGCAGGGUGGGCACCACGGGGGGGUCAGACAGGGGUCAUACCUCAGGGGUCCAGCCAUCCUUCCACAACAACCUGACCUUCACUGUCCCCAUGAGCCCCAACAAACGCAAAACGGACGCUCCUCUUCCCCCUCCUCCUCCCUCCCACCACGAAUACAACCCCAAACCUGAACCAGAACAGGGGGACCAGAACCCAUUCUGCAUCUCCCCUCAGACCCCAGGGCACGCCCACCCUCACACACCUACCUUCUCCCACCCCCGGGGGGGGAGCACACCCACCAGCCGGCCCCCCUCCUCCUCCGCCACCUCCUCCCCUCCCCUCUUGGUGUCCCCUACUCCCCCCUCCCCUCUUCCACCAGACUCAGGCCCGCGACGUGUCCACCCCGCGUCCCAGCAGACCCUGCGGGGCUCCCCGGUGAUCGUGCGGAACCCGGAGGUGCCCCUGGCCAAGUUCACCGAGCGCCCACUGGCCCGUGGGGAAGGUGGCGAUGCGACGCGUCCCAACAGUGUUACCCCGCAGCCAGCCUCCGCCCUCCAAGUCCCCGUGCCCAUCAACGCGGCUGCCGCAGUGGCGUCCAACGGCGGUGUCCUCCUCCGGAGCCCCGGCCCCGCCCCGGUGCCUGUGUCAUCCACCCCGCCAUGCCUGACCUCAGUCACCCCGGGUUAUCCCACUCUGGCCUGCAUCUCCAUCUCCACCACACCGCCCUGCUUGGGACCAGCCCUCCCCAGCCCAGGCAGCCCCGGGGGAGGAGGUCGGACUGAGAGGACGGGCUCGUUCGGAGGGGAGGUCCAACAGCCAGUGGCCUGUCACCCCUCUCCUACAGCCCUGCUGCCCCUCAUACUACCGGCUGAAAACCUGCACCCGGCACCGCGCAAAGACAUCAUCAUGGGCAGGCCUGGAACAGUCUGGACCAACGUGGAACCCCGGUCAGUUCCUGUGUUUCCAUGGCACUCAUUGGUUCCUUUCCUGGCACCCACCCAAUCAGAUGCCUCAACUCAGCCUGGUGAGGGCCAACAACCAAUCAAUCACCCUCAAGCUGCCAGCCUGAAGACAGAGUCUCAGGGGGCUACAGUGCUACAGGAGGCCAGCGAGGCCCCGGCCAGCCUGGAGCGAGGACCCGCAGCACGGCCCCUCCCCUCCACGGACGAUUUGGCCCCAGAGAGGGAGAGGACGACUGAAAGAGAGAGGCCAGACAGUGAAACCGAGAGUGACGUGGAUGACCCGUUCUUCCCCAGUCAUCCUGAGCCGCCCAUCUCAGUGACUCCUGUGAAGAGGCGUACUCAGUCCCUCAGCGCCCUGCCCAAAGAUGGGGACAAGAUCAGCCCUGGCAAAAGGGAAAAGGACCACAUUAGGCGGCCGAUGAACGCAUUCAUGAUCUUCAGUAAGCGUCACCGGGCGUUAGUUCACCAGAGGCACCCCAACCAGGACAACCGCACAGUUAGCAAAAUCCUGGGCGAGUGGUGGUAUGCUCUGGGACCAAAAGAGAAGCAGAAAUACCAUGACCUCGCCUUCCAGGUGAAAGAGGCACACUUUAAGGCCCACCCGGACUGGAAGUGGUGCAACAAAGACAGAAAGAAGUCCAGUUCUGAGGGCAGAGGGCUCCCAGGGCCGGGGGGCAAAGACAUUAGGGAGAGAAGCAUGUCUGAGACCACUGAGCCCCAUGGUGUAGAACUGAAAGGUUUGGGGCCUGGUCUGGUGGGUGUAUCUGAGAGAAAUCCAGGGGAGGGGCAUGUGGGCCAGCUGCCACGCCCCCGGGCUUUCUCUCAGAGUGCAAUGCACAGCCUGGAGAGAGGCGAAAGGGGUAACACCCAGGCCUUGGCCGAACUGGCACAGAUGUGUGGGGAUGGUGGUGGACAGUUUUCAGGGCGUGCCCAGACCUUGUCCCGGUCCCAGAGGGGGGUCAGUGAGGACAUGACAAGUGAUGAGGAACGCAUGGUCAUCUGUGAGGAGGAAGGUGACGAUGAUGUCAUUGAGGAUCCAUACCCUGCCAGCUCCAUUGACCUGAAGUGUAAGGAGAGAGUGACUGACAGUGACAGCGACAACGCAUCGGGAAACGAGAGCAGAAACGAGCGCGUUUUCGCUCCGGUGAUCUACUCUUCCUCCUCCCACCCCACUCCCCACGGACGUUCCAUCUCUCUCUCUUACCCCUCCAAACCCUACGACGAGGGGAGAGGCGGAGGAGGGCUGUCUGAGCGCAGCAGAAAGAGAGGAAUAGAAGGAGGAGGUGAUGAGGGAGGGGGAGGAGUGGCAGCCCUUUCCCUGUCCUCCUCCGGCCACUCCGUCAUCUCCAGCUCCAGUCCCGGAGGCUCAUCUCCCUCUGCCCCCCUUGGCCUGUCGCCUCUCCUUGGCUUGGGUGCUGUCAGAGUGGCCUCUACAGUGGUGACCAAUGUGGUUCGUCCAGUCGUGAGCACGCCAAUCCCCAUUGCUAGUAAACCCAGAGAUGGAGCAGCUUCAUCCAGUCCUCACCCUCCAGACAAGAAGUCCCUCCCACCGCAGCAAGCGCAGCUUCUGAUUGGCUCCGGAGCAGGAUGUCGAGGGGGUGGGUACUACUCAUCGUCCUCGCCCAAUCCCAUAGGUGCAGGGGCGGGGCCAGGAGGGCUAGUGACCAGCUUGGUAUUCCCGGGCCACGGCCAGCCCACCGUCCAGCUCAUCAGCCCGCCCCCCCAACCGUCCUCCCAUCACCCAAUGCCCCCCACCGCCCCUGUUUCGGUCCCAACACACAGCCACACCAACGGCCCCCUGCCCCUCUCCUUGCUUCAGCCCCAGUUCCUCUCCUCUUCUUUGGCACCCCCUGGGGGAAAAGCCAUCACACAAGUACAAUACAUCCUUCCCACCCUAUCAGCCAGCUCCAACCCAAAGAGCCCCUCCCCUCAGAUGCACAGCCAGCCAACCAGUAUCUUCAACCUGCCCACAGCUCCGCCCACCCACAUAUCCUUGUCCAAUGGGAAGCAGCCUGGGUCAGGCUCGCUAACAGGAUACACCUCGAACCCAGCAGUGGGGGUGGUCAACCCAGGAACCAGAGUGCAAACCCAGUCCCCAGUCCUACAGGGCAAGAUGCUGGUUCCCAUGUCAACAGUGAGGGCGGCAUCUGCCCCUGCCCAGCAGUUCCCUCUUGUUGCUCCAUCUCUUCCAGUUCAGAAUGGAGCUCAAGCCGGAAGCAAGAUCAUCCAGAUCGCUCCCAUGCCGAUCGUCCAAUCACAGCUACAGCAGGGGGGGGCAGUGCAUCCUGGGAGCCCUUUUCCCGUUACCAUGGGAACGGCCACAGUAGUGGCCCCCGGUUGUGCCCCUUCCCAGACUGUGCUGCUGCCGCCCCCGCCAACCAGGAUAACCUAUGUCCAGUCUACUCCGGGAGUCCCCUCCCCUCUGCCUCUGGUCUCCACAACAACAGGCCCCUCCUCACAGCAGGCCCAUGCCACCCCAGGAACUGCAUAUGUUCCAUCGCCCAUAGCAACACUAGGCUUCACAGCCAUAGCCCCUCCUGGACAGACCCUGGUCCAGCCCCUCAUCACAGGUCAACCUCCCCUCCUGGCCCAGUCUUCCACCCCCCCUUCUGCUUCAGCCUCUGCUUCUGGUGGCCAGUUAGUCACCGCCAUCUACCCCCCCACCAGUGUCACCGUGGCAACGGCACCCCCCAGCAUGGUGUACACAGUCUCCAGUCCCUCCAGUGUAUCCCCCCACAUCCUGCCCAGACACACCCCCGCUACCAGCGCAGCGCACACUCACGCACACGCUCAGACCCACGCGGACCGCCAGACAGACAGGCACAGCGGGGACAGGCCCGCAGACAGACUGUCCCAGGGUCAGUCGGAGAAGGCGACAGACAGGGAAGCAGAGAGGCAGGCUAUGCUGCCGGCGUACGGACAGACGGACAGGCCGAUGCUGGCGCCGGCAGACAGGCAGACGGAGAGGCAGGCCCAGGUGUCAAAUAAGAACAGCGGCUCGCUGGUGCCCCCGAGUGGCUCGUCGUCAAUGCGGCCCUGCAGCCCGCCUCUGUCCUCUCACACUUCCACAGGCAGUGCACCAGGCACUCCAAAACUCCCCCAAGUACCAGCGAGGACCCCUCAGAAAGUCAAAGCUACAGUGGCCAACAUCCCGGUGGGCAGCUACGAGGGAGGUGGCCGAGGAAAGGAGAGGGAGAAGGACAGAGAAAGGGAAAGGGAGAAAGACAGAGAGAGUGCUGGCACCAACACUAGUUUUUCCUUUGAGCUGGAGCGUAGCGGGGACUCUGGGUCUCCAUCUACACACAGUCACCUUUCUGAAGAGCUCCCCUCUGCUGAGGGACAUGUCCCCGGGGACAACACUGACACACGCUGCAGGGAAGCUGGCAAUAAGGAGGCUGGGUCGAAGGAUUCCAUCCCAUCCUCACCCCUACCCCCUCCCUCGGCGCCCCCUACCUCCAGUACAGACCCAGCCUUGCCACCCCCACAAAGCGACAAAGAUGUACCUCCUCCCAAAAAGGUGAAAGCCCGUCCCCCGCCACUCAAGAGGACCUUUGAUUCUGUUGACAAGGUGUUGUCUGAGGUUUAUUUUGAGGAGCGUUUUGCGGAGCUGCCAGAGUUCAGGCCAGAGGAGGUGUUGCCCUCCCCCACGUUGCAGAGCCUGGCAACCUCCCCCCGCGCAAUACUGGGCAGCUACCGGCGAAAGAGGAAGAACUCCACAGACCUGGACUCGUCCACAGAGGACCCUGUGUCACCUAAGAGGAAGGGCCGGCGGCGCUCCAGCUGCAGCUCGGAGCCCAACACGCCCAAGAGCGCUGCCAAGUGUGAGGGAGACAUCUUCACCUUUGACCGACCAGCCCCACCUCCAGCGUGCCCCCCUCCAGGGACAGGUGCUGACGGAGAGGACAUUCUGGGGGAACUGGAGUUUGACAAAGUACCUUACUCGUCUCUGAGACGCACCCUGGACCAGAGACGAGCCUUAGUCAUGCAGCUCUUCCAGGAGCAUGGCUUUUUUCCUUCAGCCCAGGCCACUGCAGCAUUCCAGGCCCGUUACUCUGACAUCUUCCCGACCAAGGUUUGUUUGCAGCUGAAGAUCAGAGAGGUCCGCCAGAAGAUCAUGCAGACUGCUGCCCCCUCCGAGACAAGUGAUGCCUCCUCCCUCCCCGGACCCUCCGGCACCCAAUCAGGCGAGGGAACUGGAGGAGGUGUGGAGCCAUUGGGGGAGGAGGCAGAGCAAGAGGGGGAGUGUAGUCCAGAGGAGCCGCGGGAUUCAAAGGAGUCUUCUAGAUGAGUGCCGCUGACCAAUAGGUGAUGGACCAGGUAGCCAAAACCCCACUUCCAUCACUUUUUUUUUUUUUUUUUUUUAUUGAAGCCACUCCCCUCCAUUUUUCCUUGGAGUUGGUCCUGUAUCUCUCUUUUUCCAGACUGCCUGGUCAGAUUGAGCAUGUGGAAUAGUCAUAGAAAGCAAGUGUCUGUGUUUACAAAAUGCAUCAGAGGAGGAAUUUUUCUGAACUCAAAAGGGGAUUUUUUUUGUGCAUCAUUCCCACCUCCAUAAAAAGGACAUUUAAAAUGCCAGUGACUGACACACACACACACAGCUGAUGAAUUCCCAACUCCAAUACCCACACUUGAAUUAGCAGCAGUAGUAUACUUAUUAUGAGGUUUCCAUGUAUGCCUGUGGACUAUGGACCAUACAGUAAUGACUCUCCACCUGUAACACAUUGCCUUGGACCAGGGCCUAUUAAGACAGAAAAAACGAUCACCUAGUUGCGGGACUGUUUUGAAGGCCACUUCCAUUUUUAAGUUGUAAACAUUCUUCUUUGCAAUUAGCUAAUCUCUUCUGAUAACCCAGUUUGAUCCCUCAGAAAGGAUCAGCCAAUGAAGUUAGAAAUCCCACUUAUUUGACUACUUUAAAAUGGUUGUAGCCCUGAAUCACAACAUCAACUCAAGGACAGGUUAUUUUACAGAUAUGAUUUUUUCAUUUCUGAAGGUCAUUUAGCUCACUAACAGAUUGUCAUUGUUCUUGUUGUUUUUAUAAUGGGAGUGCAUGGGAAACAAACGCAGUUAAUAGGCUGCUGAAGAGGGUCUGGAUUAAAUCAGGUUCCCAUUGCCUCAUCUGCUUGACAUUAGGGGGCUGGGCCCUCACUGGCUUGGGAUGAUACAAUUGGAUCCUGCCUGUUACCCUGGUGAUAGACCAGAAGAAUCCUUGUUUUAGUGGUUUAUUUUUCACCACUUUAUACUAUAAAAAUAGACCUUCAGUACAUGUGAGGGGGACUGGAGUUGAGGACCUCACCCACUCUUCUCAUGAUUGGCUCCAGAAGAUGCCAGUAAGAUGCGGGCAAGUGUUCCGCUCUUGUGAUUAGUUUGCAAUGAAGGAAGGAAGCUGUAAAAGAGUCGACACGCACAUCAUGGCUUUCCUUGGGACUGAAUUUGAUCACACUGUCACUUCAAUCAUAUUUUCUGGAUGUCUGGACUAGAUGGGAACCCAGAGGACAGCAGGCUGACUAGGCCUAUUCCUUCUGAUGCCAAGCAGUUUUAUUAUAUAAAAUUUUUUUUAAAGAUAACAAAUUGAUUUUUAAUUAAACUCAUGUAACUUUCCAGUUCAUUAUGUUCUUUAUUGUAUUAUACCUGUUACAACUAUUACUUCUGUCAUUGAUAUAGUGGACCUGAACCAUGCUGAAGGCUGGGGUGUCUUUCAGUAGAUUUGUAUUCAAAGUGGCUGCGGAUUUGUCUUUUCUCUGAUAUUUAAAGAAUAUGUAUGAACGUGUUGGAGAGGAUCAAAACAGCUGCAAACGACUGCUGACAGAGAUCUGCACGACACAAAUCGCAACUCAUUUUAAUUUGCUAAUUCAUUGAGUCAGUGGUCAUUUACAUUGUGGUUUUGAUCAUCUUGAACACCGCUUCUUCCACAGGUAAUGUAUCUAUUAACCACACCCUCUCUGUGUACAGUAGGCUAGUUGCCCUUAAUCAUUCCAACAGCCUUAUUGGCUGCUGACAUUCUCGCUACCUUCAAAUUUCUCACAUGCUGCUCUGAUAUUCUAAUGUAGGCCACAACUCUCGUCAGAUAAUGUAGCCUACAUAGCUGAUCUAAUAAUCAAUGAUUAAACAGCUGUAAUAAAAAUCCAUCUAGUUAUUUGAACUAGGACUUAGAAACGGCUUAAAAUCAUAAAGCACACAAAAUAAUGUAAUGUUUACUUGUGUCAACUGCAAAAAACAGCUCCCUUGCUGAGCAAAGAGAUUUUAAUGGAAAUGCCCAUUCAGGGAAGUGUGCCAUGCAAAACGAUUGAUUUGCCCAGAGGUUGAACUGAAAGCCAAACGUAAUGUCUUAAACUGCGGUGUAAAAGUACUUGACUGUGUUCGCCAGCUUAGGGAAGUUCCUAAUUAAGACCUAAAUGAAGGUCUCAGGAACUUCCUUCACCUGAUGGAUACAGCUCUGUAAAUCACAGGGAACUUUCCUGCCAAACAUCGGCUAUAAACGUUUAUUCUGGGAGGGCUUGAUCAAAUAGCAUUUAAUAGAGUUUUUAUUACAGUUGUUUUUAUUUUUGAUGGUCAGAAAUAUGAAGCAGAGGUGGGUUACAUUAUCAAGUUGAUCAAAGCAACAUGUGAGAAAUGUGAAGGGGGGGUGAAAUUCAACAGCACAGUCAAGAAAAGUUGGGGGGGGUGAGCUGCAACUUGUCUACUCCUUCUAGAGCAUAACGAAAUGAAAUACGCAGAAGGUUUUUGUAAGGGGCAAAGAAAAGACAACGCAACCUUUGCCUUUUCCUCACCCUUGUUUUUUGGGUCUUCCUUUUCAAUACCCACGUCUCACCCCAGUGAGGAACUGGGAUGACGUUUCUAUUCAUUUCAAAGAGGAAAACGACGUGCGAUAACAGUGCAACCUUAUUGAUUUAAGUAAUAAGUAUGUUUGUUUUUAACAGCCCUGUGUUCCCCUUUUCCACUCCCCUGCUACUAAGGGAGAUUAUAUAGCCUUACCACUUGUUUGUUUCUCCACGUCAUUUCUUUCCCUCCUUCCUCCCUUUGUCACUUUAUUGUUCUCUCCAGACCUUUCCAGUGGGAGGAGAGAAGCCCAGGGGGGUGGGGUGGAGGGGAGGUAGUACAGACCAGGGGAUAAUAUUGGUUGUGUUGUACAUAUUUCCUGUAGGGUCAGAAGACUUAUAUUGAUAAGGAACAAUGUUGUAUUGGACUUGUUGGAGUUUACUCUGAAAUGACGCCCUUACAGGUGUAACUGCAAACAUUGACAAAUGAAUAAUAAAUAUGAAUAUCAAUG